AUGACAACUACUCUGAAGAAAAACCUGCAAUCUCCAUUCCACGAUGACCCGACAAGUGACAAUAAUAGAAUCGAACUUUACACCUUGGAUGCAAACCCAAAAGAGAAUGAGAUAACCGCAUUCAACACCAUCUCGCCAACAAACAUCGUACCGCUACGAAAGCUGAAGCAGUGGCCUCGUGGAGUACUAUGUCCUGCUUGCAGAGAGAUAUCUAUCACAAGAGUUGAGCGCAAGAUCUGCGGCGGAACACACGCCAUGGCAGCGUUGAUGUUCGCGUGCACAAUCGUUGGUGGUCCUCUUGCAUACGUCGGAAAACAAUGGAAGAAUGCAGAGCAUUACUGCUGCAGAUGUGACCGGAGACUAGUCACUUGGCACUUUAGCUCUGGCACAGAAAUUCAUGUAUGGUAG